AUGAAUGAUUCCACUAAUCCAGAAACUAUACGAAAACGAAACAAAAAAAAACAAGAGACAAAUGAACAGCGAUCAAAACGUCUUGCACGAGAACGAAAAUUAAAAAGGCAAAAAAGAGCAAGGGAAACAGAACAACAACAUGAGGAGCGUCUUCAAAGUAUUCGGGAAGGAAGAAAAAGGAAAAAGAUGACGGAAACUAACAGUGAUCGGGAAAAUCAGAAAAAUAGGGAAAACCAACGUAGAAAAGCUGCGCGUAAAAGAACCCGUAAAUUAAAAAACCGAAAUGUAUUAAAAGGAAGAAACAUCAACCAACAAACACGACAAGAUCAUGAAGGACGAGAAAUAGAGGAAGCUUACGUUGAUAACGAAGAUUAUGGCGCAGUAAAAAUCACGUGAUUCAAAAAUCAGAUGAUUAAUUAGUAGAUCAAUCAUUAUGUAAUCAAAUAAUUUUGUAAAUCUG